ACGCUGCAACUUGCUGAGCAAGUAGGGCCCAGAAAUCGCUUAGGAAACGGCGGCAAAGCGACUGCCCUGCGUUGUCUUCCGUAUCUGCUCGCCCCCUUCUUCCAGAACAUUUUUUUCUCUUGACUCCUUUCAUGGAAGAAGAUUCGACCUUCCUGAAGCAAGAACAAGAAAACCAAGAACGGGGAAAAGCAGGGCCGCCAUGGGAAGGAAAGACAGCAGCCUCUCCCCAGUCUCCUGAGCCAGAGUCCUCUGAGCCCUUGGAGGCGGAGCGGGGACCAGAAACUGGACCCCAGCCCAGAAGCAGCCCUCCUUGGAGCCCCCAGUCUAAAGUCAUCACGUCUCUGGGUGACCCCAAAGGGCCAGGAGCAUCAUCUUCCCCUUCCCCUCUCCAGGAGCCCUCUCCCACUCCUUCUCCCCGGGCUCUGGCCGCACAGGACCCUGCCGCACCGCUGCAGUCAGACCCGACCGCUAGUGCGACUCCGGAAGCUGGGACGCUUCGUUCUGAUCCUUGGGAACAAUCGUCUGACAAAAGAGAAUCCGCUCCUCAUCACUCAAGCCAGUCAGAGGCAAACACCUUUCAACAGUCUCAGCAACCCGGAUCUCCCUUGUGUGGAUCAACGGAUGUGAGCUAUAGCAACUCUAAACAAAAAGAGCUGAGAUUUGACACUUUUCAGGAGGAAGACUCGAACAGUGAGCAUGAGCUAGGCCAGCCCGGGCCUGGGGCCUCUGGAGCGAUGCCCAGCGUGCUUGAGACGGCCGUUCAGAAUGCCAAGGCUUACCUGCUGAAGACCAGUACCAAGUCGGGCUUGAAUCUAUAUGAUCAUCUUUCUACUAUGCUGACUAAGAUAUUAGAUGAGCGUCCUGAAAAUGCUGUUGACAUCAUUGAAAAUAUUAGUCAAGAUGUGAAGAUGGCACAUUUUAGUAAAAAAUUAGAUACACUCCAAAAUGAGAAGGAGAUGCUUCCAACCUAUGAAAUAGCAGAGAAGCAAAAGGCUCUUUUUCUUCAGGGACAUUUGGAAGGAGUUGACCAAGAACUGGAAGAUGAAAUAGCAGAAAACUCUCUUCCCAAUGUAAUGGAGUCCGCUUUUUAUUUUGAACAAGCUGGAAUUGGUUUGGGCACAGAUGAGACUUACCGCAUAUUUCUUGCCCUCAAGCAGCUUACUGACACCCACCCAAUCCAAAGAUGCCGUUUCUGGGGCAAGAUCUUGGGUCUGGAAAUGAAUUAUAUUGUAGCUGAAGUGGAAUUUCGUGAGGGGGAAGAUGAAGAGGAGGUUGAAGAGGAAGAUGUAGCUGAGGAGAGGGACAAUGGAGAAAGUGAAGCUGAUGAAGAUGAAGAAGAUGAAUUACCGAAGUCCUUUUACAAGGCCCCACAGGCUAUACCAAAAGAAGAAAGUAGGACAGGUGCCAAUAAAUAUGUCUAUUUUGUUUGCAAUGAACCAGGGAGAUCAUGGGUGAAGUUACCGUCAGUUACACCUGCACAAAUUGUUAUUGCAAGAAAAAUCAAGAAAUUUUUCACUGGGCAAUUGGAUGCUCCCAUCAUGAGCUACCCACCAUUCCCAGGAAAUGAGAGCAAUUACUUACGAGCACAAAUUGCCCGAAUUUCAGCAGGAACCCACGUCAGUCCUCUAGGAUUCUAUCAGUUCGGUGAAGAGGAAGGAGAGGAGGAGGAAGAGGUAGAAAGUGGGCGAGAUAGCUUUGAGGAAAACACAGAUUUUGAAGGCAUCCAAGUGAUUGAUCUAGUUGAAUCCUUAUCCAAUUGGGUUCAUCAUGUACAGCAUAUUCUCCCUCAGGGUCGCUGUAAUUGGUUCAACCCUAUACAAAAAAACGAAGAGGAAGAAGAGGAAGAAGAUGAAGAAAAAGAGGAAGAAAAAGGAGAAGAACCCGAGUUCAUAGAACAGGAAGUGGGGCCUCCUCUUUUGACACCAGUCUCUGAAGAUUCAGAAAUUCAGAAUAUACCCCCUUGGACAACACGAUUAUCCUCAAAUCUUGUUCCACAAUAUGCCAUUGCAGUCCUCCGAUCCAACCGUUGGCCUGGAGCAUAUGCCUUUUCCAAUGGCAAAAAGUUUGAAAAUCUCUACAUAGGCUGGGGUCAUAAGUAUAGUCCAGACAAUUAUACACCCCCAGUUCCACCAGCGGUUCAUCAAGAAUACCCCAGUGGACCAGAAAUUACAGAAAUGGAUGACCCUAGUGUGGAAGAGGAGCAGGCUUUCAGGGCUGCACAAGAAGCAGUUGUACUUGCAGCUGAGAAGAAUGAAGAGACUGAGGAAGAUGAAGAUGAGGAAGAUGAUUAUGACUAAGAAAAUCAGCCUGGUCUUAUGUGGCACUGAUACACACUUCCUUACAUGGGACUGAUUUUAUACGUGUGUGUAUAUGUAUGUGUACAUACACACACAUAUAGGAAAUUAUUCAUCUGCAAUGUCAUUCCUUAAAAAUACACAACUUGGAAUUUUAUAAUAUUCGUGUUUAUAGAAAGAUGCUCAAUGGGUUUUCUAGAGGUGAAAUGACAGGCAAUCACAUCACUGCUCUAAUGGUCAUGGCUAAUGUGCUUGUAUAUUCUUGUUUUAAAAAGUUCUCAGGUUUAAGUUCUAAUAUGGCAAACAUUGAAAGAUAUAACCCACAGAAGCUUCUUGGAAACUUUAAUACUUUUUAAAAAGUGUCAAGGGCUAUGAAGACCAAAAACAAAAAAAAACCAAAAAGCAAACAAACAAAAAACUGCACAAAAUAAAAUAAAAAAAAAAACCUGACAACCACUGAACCAGAGCAUGUAUUCUUCAGCCUGUGUAAUUGCCUAUGUUGGGUCUGUGACCCUGUGUGCAACUACUGUGUAUUCAUUUUUCACCCAGGAAGUGUUCAUAAUUCCAUCACCUGCUCAAAAACUGUAGGAAAAAAUUUUUAACCCUUUUGUUACUUAACUCUCUCAAUCUGACUCCUUUAUCCUACAGAAAUUAAUUUGAACUGAUUGGGGAUUGAAGAAAAAUAAUUUGCAGAUAUGGUUAGUUGGGAUAUACAGUGACUUCAGAUUAUAUUUUCUACCACUGUUUCCCUAAAACAUUAUUUUCCUUCACUAAAAAAAAGUAUUUUUAAGUCCUAUAUGUACCAAACAUGCAGCUAUGAAUAAAAAGUAGGCACUGCUCCUGAAAUCAGAGCUUUCGUUCAAAAAAGGAAUAUAAAAAGAUAAAUAGAAAAUUAGAAUAGAUUGCAAUUUAGCAAGGACUGUGAUAUUACAGAUAUUACAGGGUACCACAGAACAGUGGCAAUUCUGUGGUAAAGAACCAAUUAAAAAAAAUUCCAACCCAUUGCUGUUAUUUUUGUAAAAUAAAAUGACACAGCGGUUCUCAAUUUCUGCACUUACCUUCUCACAGACUGCAGAUCACCAGUCUACACUUUGAGUAACAUUGUUAUCAAGCACAUGGUAGGUGUGUUUAAUCCAGACUUGAACAGGUCAGGAAGCUAUAGGGGAAAGGUUCUAAGCAGCACUAGCUACAUUUUGGCAAAAGAUUUUUGUCUAGAAAAAGUGAAACUUCCUCUGAAGAGUGAGCCUGGCAAGGUAAGCAGAAGCCAGAUUGUAUAGGAAGUCUGGAUUUUACCCAUAAUGGAAAAAAAAAAAACCAAAAAAACCCUAGAAAGUCACACAAACAUAUUUGUAUUUUAGAACAUUUGUUUUGGCUUCAGUGUGGAAGGAUGACAAGAGAAUCAACACUUCAGACAGGGAGACCAGUUAGGAGGUUAUCACAUCUAGGUUAAGAGAUGUGGACAGCAUGAAAAGAGUAUAACUGCAUGGGGAUUAUAAAAUAGAGAACUGGUUACUAGUCCAACAGACAGAAUAUUAGAAGGGUUUCCACAACUCUCCAGUUGGCAAUACUAUUUCAUCCUUGAAAUGCAACUUUUGGGCUUUGUUGGAGUACCUAAAAUUCAUAAAACUUAAUUCAAGUAGGUUCUUGUUCAUUUUUUCAUGAUGUAAUAGACACUUGCUUUUCUUUUUUGUUGCUUAAUAUCCUUUUCCUCAUCUACCCUGAUUUCCUUUUGAGGAACUACCUCUGUCCCAUUAGAUAGUCUUGUGCCAAUCAGAUGUGCCCUCUUUGGAAUCUGAAUGUUGAGCUGAGACAUUCUACCAUGGCUCCUAACUGCAUUGCUCCUGCUAUAAAUUAGACCAUGUUCUAGCCUCCACAAUUGCCUUCGUUCUACCCUAGUUUUCUAGCUGCCCAUUGAUUGUGAACUUCUGAUAAUCUUUUAAUGAAUUUCCUUCUGUUUA